CCGCGGUUCGUGCCCGGGGCGGGAAAAGCUGUGCGGGAAGCCAGGGAGGUUCGCGCGGGUCCGUGUUUGGGCAGAGGUGGAGUCUCCCUCCCUGGAGGGGUUCACAAACCGUGUGGCCGUGGCACUCGGGGACUCGGUGAGCGGGCGCGGUGGGACUGGGCUGACGGCUGCACUGCGUGAGCCGAGAGGGCUUUUCCAGCCGCUGUGGUUCUGUGAUUCUGGUAAACCAAAGGUGAGGCUAGACUGCUGGUCCCUCUUGAUGUACCCCAUUUAAAACCUGUACCUUUUCACCCCCUCACAGUAGACUUUAGCUUCUUGGGGCAAGAUAAAAUAAAUACGUUGGUGUUAAGUGGUGAUCUUGCAUAGACAGCGCUGUUGAUAUACGCUCAUUUGAUAAUUGAAUUUAUUCAUGGCUGUCAGGUGCUGACAGUUGUGACUGGUGUUUUUUGUAAGCUCUAUCUGUAACCUAUUUUCUUGUUGUGUUUAAAGCAUGCAGCAUGUGGUCUUCCCUGAGUUUGUCAUGUGAUGAGAAAAAGAAGAUGUGACCAUGGGACUCGGAUGAAGUCUCAGAAGAGGAGAAGCACUCCUGAUUACAUCAGUGGCAUUAUCUGGGGGAUUGGGUUCUGCACAGACACGUGCAGGAAGGAGAAAUGUGAUCUUUAGUGCAUGUGCAGGAGGACACAUAACUUGGUGAAAGUGGUGAAGGGUCUUUGUCUCGGGACUGAGGAGAAGCGGUUAGAGCUUUAUCUGUAAGAGCGGUGAAAAGCGAGCACCGGAAGAAGGGUGCUUUAAGCUGGCUCGCAAUGAUGGUGCUACAACAGUAACUGCACACAAGCUGGCACUGAAUAAAUGGGGUUGGAAGUUAAAAGUUUUCAUAUUGAAAUAUUUGGGGACUUUCAGUGAGAAUAGUUUAGCAGCUCUGGUUGUGAGGAGGAACCUGAUCAGUUUGUUAAAGACCUUUUGUGGUCGUGAUUGUGUGAAAUCAUUGGGCUGCUGUUCUGCAGGACAGGAUGAAGCUCUCCAUAGCAGGUAUUCUGAAACAGGAGGUCAUGUCUGCCUCCCUCGGCCUUUGCCUUUGUGUUGGAGUGGGUUGGGUGUACACCGGACCCAAAUCAUUAACCCAGCAGAAACCCAACUGGGGAACAAGCUCCUAGUUGAUCUGCUGAUCAGCUGGUGAAUUGGAUCAGUUGAAAGAGUCUUGUGGGUGCCACAGCUGAUGGAAGGAGAGGGGAGCAAAGCAGAGGAACCAGAUUCUUCUCUUUUGGUGUGCUUGGCACUGGUUGGCUUGGACCUUUGGUUUCCAUUGUUAUUUUAUUGUGCCGCAGUAGUGCCAUUGUGAGAUGGAGGGAGUAAUUGUGUGUGUUGUGCUGUUUUGUUUUGUUUGUAAUCUCACAAGGUGUUUUCUAAUUGAUUUAGGUACCUAUCAUUUCCUUAUGGGUGAUAGAGGAAGGAGAAAGUUGUCAGGUGACAUUAUGCGUCUGCAGAGUAAAGAUGGGUGAACCAGGCAUAAGCACAUUAAACACAUUAAUGGAAGUGCUGGGGCGCUGGUACAGAAGCUCCUCUUUGCUUGUGUUUAACGAUCCUUAAUGAUUCAUUUAACCCCUUAGAAUAUUGGGGUUUUAUUUUUAAUGUUGGAUGAAAUAUUCCACUCUGUCUUGGUGCCAGAGCGUCAAGGCUAGUCUUGCAAAUGGAAAAACCAGUUUAAAACCUCCAGCUUUGGGUGAGUUUUGUCCAGCAUAUAUUGAUCAUCAUGGCAAGGCACAGCCUGCAGAUUCCUGCCCUAUUUUCUGCUGUGGAGACUGCCUGCACCGAUACUGCUGCUCUAAUGUGGUGUUCCGAUUCAACGAGGAACAACUCCAGUGUAAUCUGCUUGGUGGAUGGGCCUCUGACUUGAGCUACAUGAAUGACAUUGAGCAGUUUUUUCAGGACCCUGGUGAUGACAUUUCUUCCAGCCUCAGUUUUGGAACCCUGAUUGCGAUUGGCAUUACUGUCUGUGCAGUGAUUAUAAUUACUUUUAUUCUGUGCCUGACCUGCUCGUGUUGCUGUUUGUACAAAGCAUGUCGAAGACCACGGCCUGUUGUGACCACCACUACUUCCACGACAGUGGUUCAUGCUCCCUAUCCCCAACCUCAGGGAGUGCCGCCCAACUACCCGGUAGCCCCGUAUCAAGGAUAUGAGGCUGUGGCUAUCCAGCCACAACCGGGAAUGCCGGUAGCACCCUACCCUGUACAGUAUCCUCCCCCUUACCCCAUGCAGCCACCGGGACCCCCAGCUUACCAUGAAACCAUGGCAGCUGGGUCUGGCGCACCUUACCCCAUCAGCCAGCCCCCCUACAACCCUGCCUACAUGGACCCUCAGAAGCCCACCUAUUGAAGAGAUCUUCUACUACAUGUCUGCAGACAGAACUGUUUACAGUAUCGCUUGUGCUGUUCACACCAUGAAGCUGCAGUAUAUUUUUCUGGAAGACUGCAAUCCUUUGUCUAAGUAAAGUGGAAGUUAAUCCAAUAUCUUUUUUUUUUUUUUUUUUUUAAUGCUUCAAGAGGAAUGGGUAUUUUUUUUUUGUAGAAGUUGUGAAUUUAUACCUCAUACAAAGAGAUGUUGUUCUGUCUACAGUGUGAAAAGCAUGACAAAGGAAUACUUCAGAAAUAAGAACCACAAUAACGUUUGCUGUGCAAUACUUUUGAGAGGCAUGGUCCAAUGCAAGCAUUAUCAAACACCCAAAGCAGUAUCCAUCUUUUCACAGUGUGAAAACGUAAAAACUUAACCUCUAAGGAACUACCUGAUAUAUGUUACGUACGUUCUUCCUGGUUUGAAGCUACUAUUGUUAGGUAAGCUACAACAGAAUAGUUUCAUUUACCAUUGAAAAGGGAAUUUUCCUUUUUUUUAAACACAUUUGUUUUCAGUCGGGUAGCAAACCAUGUGUAAUUGUCUGUGGACUCGUUGCAUUUUUCUGUGCCUAAAUAGCAUGAGCUGAUAAUUUCCUUGUAUUCCUUCCCAGUUUUAAGGCUUAAAACCUGUGCCUUCAUUGGGUGUCUCCUCAGGCUGUUUUAAUUUAGAGCUAGAAAUCAAUUACCAAACCAAACUCCAUCACUUAGUAGAACAAAUAGACCAAAAGCUGAAAACCUGAGAAUUCUCCAUAGAAACUAUUGGACAAGUAUCUGUUAUCCAAAAUUAUUGGAUAGGCUUGUUGAGGUCAGAUAUUGUUGAUGAGUUUGGAAGGAAAAUUGUCACCAUAAUCAUAGCCACACAGAAGUACCUGCCAGUGUGCAGUCCUGCCUCUUCAGAGGGGAGGAGUUCAUUUUACAGGGUAGAUGGGACGUCAGGCGUAGCUUGGGAUUUUGAAAUGCUAUGGGUUUGUCACUGUCUGUAGUGGGAACUGCAGAGAGCAGGAACCUAGGAACGAUAGAUUCUUACAGACUCAGUCUGCAUUUGAAUUAGAGUAUGCAGGGAGGAUAAGAAAUCGCAGCGCAGCACACCAGAGAGAUUAAACGUCCCUCUUGUCUUCAGCAUUCUUGUGAUGCUGAGUAGAGAAUGGGAAGUCAGUGAAAGGAAAAGUGGCAGGAUGUUUUCAGGGAUGUAGGGCUUGGAGUCAUGAAAUGUCUUGAGAAUCUUCAUGACUUUUACCAGUGUCUGCAAGGCUUUUGGCUUUGCACACCCUGUAUUGAUCAAACGAAUCAGGAAUUCUACAAUUCUGCCUUUUCUAACACUGAAAUACAGUUUGUUAUUGCACAGUAGAGUGAUUUAAUCUGUAUGUAUCACUGUGACAUAAUUGGAGAAAGAAUUUUGGCGUAUCUUAUACACUGAUUUAACUUUCUUAGAGGCCACAAAGACAUUUGUCCUGUGAUUGUAUGUUAGGGGUACAUUACUGUUUGAAAAAUGCUCUUGGUGGUGUUUUACCUCACGGGGAGUGGAAACUGCUGCCAUCAAAGGCAGCCUUGUUUUUCUUCCUGAUUUCUCAGUCUAUUUCUAGGUUAUUCCAGUUCUUUUUUCAAGAAAGUCUUCAGGACAUUUCAGAAGAAACUCGUGAGAAGUUUUUAGCAUUGGGAUUCAUGACAACCUCUGCCCUCUGUUACAGCUCUAAAGGCACUGAAGUUAAUAGUGUGAAAUGGGGCAAAGAGGCACUCAGAGCACACGCAUGCCCUGAUCCACAGAUCCUCCUGUUUCCUGCCUUGUAAGCUGCCUUCAUUUCACUUAAGGACAGAAAUGACAGAAAUGGCCAGUGUCUCCUUCAUCAUCCGUAGUGUUUCCCUAGAAAUCUGGGAUUUGUAUGUGUGGGAGGGCACUGAAUAACUGCAGAGAUGAUUCCCUCACUGUAGAUCCUACCCCUGUGUGUUUACUUAUGCAGAAGGAGAGUGGACACUAUGGCAGCGUCUUCGUUAGGCAGCUGCCUGUAUGGAGUCUGGCCAGCGAGAUGCAGCCAAUGAGCACAGCUGCCGUGCAGCACUUGGAGCACGGGUAUGGUGGUGUGGUGCUGGGCUUCAUGAGGUGUGGUUACUCUGCACGUCUCUGUUUCCUCCCUCUUAUGUGAUCAAGUGUACAGUUUGUGGCAGUGUUAGCAGGGUUGUGUUUUGGUUAUGAAAGGAAAAUCUGCAGUUCCAUGAGGAGUCAACUCAAUCAUCUGCCAUCAUCCCCGAGGAAAAGAUAGAAAGCAAAGUGGCAACAACAGAGGUCACCGAGUCUGAAGUUUUGGUGCAGAUGUUUUUCAGGGCAGUUUGGUCUGUACAGCAUUGUGUGUACUGCAGUACGAGGGGACAAGGGAGAGCGUUAAUUUAUACCUUUCCUUCAGUGAAUUUGUGCUGAUGCUAACACAAGUGAAGAGACAAAUUGCUAAUAUACAAGGAACUGCAUUGGUGGUAGUGUUAGUGCUUCAGUGACAAACCACCACUUCCCUCACUUUCUAAUUGGAGUGCCUGACCAGACCUUUCCUCAUUGUUAACUGUUAACGAUGGUAAAUGCAGUACGUAACAGGACCAGAUUGUUCAGUUGUUGCCAUGCAGCCCAUUGAGACUUGUUUGCAUAUAGUUAAGAGAAUGGAAUGGUUAUGGAAAAGGUGGAGGAGUUGAUCUAAACUUUCACGCCCUGCUGACCUGUCGGUCCAACCCAUUCUUGCCUUCACAUAGAACUAGUACCUACAACGCAUGGGGGAGGGUAGUUGCCAUUUUAAAUGCUGAAAGAGUGUAUGUUCAUUUUGCUUAAUUCUGUAAGUGCCUUUGUUUCAGAAACAUUUUGUGAGAUUGCAUACAGUAGAACUGUUGAAUUUACUAAAUAAUCGUUGAUUUUAUUACAUCCUGUAACCGAGCUUUGUAUGUUGUUUGUAGUUUAAAUGUAAGUAUUCAAAAGAAAUGGCAUAAACUCUAUGCACCUUUGUGAUAAAUGCAGUGUUUGAAGUAUCUUCUAUCAAUUCAGUAUUCUUAGCCUCAAUUUGAAUGUUAUUUAGGAGCAUACCUGCAAAUGCUGUAAUGGAUGUGCUGUUGUAAAAUCAUUUCCUUAGGUUUGAGACCCAACUGACUGCAGCUGUCAGUGCUGGGUGGCGAGGAGGCUCUGCCUGGCGCAGCAGGAACAGACCCUCAUUGUUUACUUUCUCUCUGUACGUAGCUUUAGUAGAAAUAAACCAGAGUUUAUUUGUGUACCUUGGGUCCCUGGAUCACCACAGGAAGGUGCUUAGCAGUGCUAGGAUGACUCCAGUGGCUGCUCAAGUAGUGUCACCAGAUCUGUCAAGUCAGCAAGGCUGUUGUCCUCCUUGAUGCAUAAAGUUGCCCGAGUGCUGGGUAAGUGAGUAUAGGCGCUGUGUUCGUCCUGCCCAGCUUUAGCCCUGCCUGCUCAGUACAGUUCACCAGGGAGGAAGAAGCUGGCUCUACUUCACUCAGCAUUCAGCAAAAGGCGGGGCUCGAGUUGCCAUCCCCACAGGCAGGGAAACGGAUGGGAGGCCGCUGUGGACUGAGGAGUGUGAUAACCACAUAUGGAGCAUGACUCGUGGGUUUUGUUGUUGCUCAAUACUUUGUUACUCAGUCCUGUGACUAUGUGCGAUGCCAGAGUAAAUUCCCUCUCUUGGUUUAGCAGAGGCACAGCUCAUCGAUAACAUGUUGGGAGAACACACACUGGCUUUGGAAAAAUCUGCUGUGCUGUGCUUCUGUGUGCAGAAGUGUCUGCUGAGAGCAGGCUGCCUUCUGGUGUUGAUAGGCUGGGAGAAGUAAACCAGUAGCCCCAUAACCUGUACAAAAGCUUCAGGUGUUUUCAGGGGAUGCUCAGCUCUUGCAGAUGUGAUCGGAUCUUUUUAAUCCCAAGAGUGUAAAAAAGGGAAGAAUUACUGAAGGCCAGUACAGUCCUGUAAUCAUCCUGACCAGACUGGCCCCUAUGAAUUAACUCAAUAAUGAAUUGUGGCAGUUCUGUACGUCCCCCUCUGUCUGCUUUUUCCCCCAGGAGUGCAGCCUCAUUUUCCCUUGGGAGCAUGGACUCUUCAGUUACAGAAAAUGCCUUUAUUUUUAAAAGCUACGAUUUAAUUUCAUAAUACCAUGAUGUUUGGAUUGCUUUUACUGGUGAGGGUACAGGGUUUGGGGUUGGUUUGAUUGUAAAUAGCCUGGGCUACAGUACUUAGAAGUCAAAAGUGGGAAGAAAUCAGAGCGUAGAUGUACCAGUUAGGGCGGUGUCUGUUAGAGGGGGUGGAUGGGAGGGGAUCGAGGCCAGAAGGAACGGUUUGCGGGAUUUCUUGGCAGAUUUUUCCAGAUAACACUUCUGUUUACAGAAAAUUCAGCAGUAAUGUGCUUCUCCCUCCUCCCAAGCUGCCAUACACGCGCCCUUCAGAUGAGGCCAGGAAUUUUUUAGACCCAUUUAUAUAACUAUGGAUUGCCUCAACAACUUGGGAUUCCUUAAGUAGUUUUUGCCCAGACUCAAUAGUUCAUUUGGUUGAUUACAAAGAAGGGGUUUAAAUGCAUCUUAUCUUAUCUCUCUAAACACAAAUUGAUUGGAGAAACGAGGUGGCAAGAACACCACAAAGCAAUGGAAAAACAGUGCCAGGCCCCUGCAUUUUGGGAUAUCACAGACCCUGCCAUCUUUAGGCCAGCCCCGUUUGCCACUCACAGCAGGGCUGAUGCCGGGUGCUGCUUUACUGCUGUUCAUAGGGCUAUUUUUAAGGACUUAACUUCAUGCUUAUUUUGGGUUUGAGUAAAGAUGGGGCUUUUAAGUGACAUUCUUGAGUUCUUAGGGCCAGGAAGUGCAGCGGUAGGGGUUUGUGUCUGGUUUUUAUUUUUGCUUUUAUUUGUUUUUCAAGUGGCUAAGUCAAGCAGUUCCAUCACGCCAUCUCUGCCUGGUGCAGCUUCGGAGGAGCUACCACACAAGCACGAGUGGCUUUGCUGUGCCCGUGCCUCCUUCCUUGCUGCAAACCAGCAGGAACAGGGCAGUUGUCCAGAUGCUACAGGGGACUUGAAACCCACUCCUGAGAGGAGUAGGUGGCAGCUUGUGCUUCACAGGACGAUCAGGCCGUGCCUGGUGGAGCUCUGCUGGCUGCUGCUCAGAGGAGGACGAUCCCUAUGCUGUGUUGUGGGAGGAAGAUGUGAAGCUUUGCAUCUAGGAGCUUUGGCCCUAGGGAGACGCUGGGUUGUGACACUAGUUAUUCUUACAGAGCAGUUUCUGGGAAAGCUCUCUUCAGAAGUGAAAGCCAAGUCAAGAGCUUGCCUAGGACCAGAGCAGGGCUCUUUGCCCCAGCACACGAGGGCAGGACACAGCCUCUUUGGGUCAUGACCAGAGAACUGGAUGUUUCCCAAUUUUCUAAGGGCUUCCUUCCCACUGCAGUACUGUCCCCUCGUGCUCCCUGGAGCCAGGCACGUUCUGGAUUGAGUAUCUGUCAGCAGUUGGAAAAGCUUUCCAAAUUAUUUAAGUAUACAAACCUGUAGGCCCACUUCAGCAGCACUCG